GUUGUGUGAUUUUGUUCUGUGGAAAUCCAAUUCUCUGAUUGACUGUGACUUUUCUAAAAAUUCAAGAAACUAGAAAGUUUUCCAUAGAAUACACUGUUUUAUUAAUUCUAAGAAGACAACAAAAUAAUUAUUAAAUAAAAAAUGGCUGGUAUUAAAGGUUUGGUGUCCUUGGCGUUUGCUGGCUCUAUUGGGAUGACAUUUGUUAUACUAGCUUGUGCCUUGCCACAGUAUAAAUUAUGGUGGCCAUUCUUUGUAGUACUCUUCUACAUCCUCUGCCCCAUCCCGACGAUGAUUGCACGACGUCACACGGACAGCGCUGGAGGGACCAACUCUCCCUGCAUGGAGGCGGCCAUCUUUAUAACAAUGGGCAUACUUGUCAGCUCGUUUGCACUGCCUAUUGUACUUGCACGUGCUUCUGUGAUCCAGUGGGGAGCCUGCCAUUUAACAUUAGCAGGCAACGUCAUUGUGUACCUGACCGUACUGGGAUUCUUCACCAUCUUUGACAUGGACGACUCGGAUUAUGCGAUGUGGUGAGAGAUCUAAAAUGUCUUGGUUAUAGACGGAAAAUAUACGCAGAGACUAUUGUAACACAGAUUUUUGUAUGAUAAGAAUAUGUGGUCAUGUCUAUUGUCUACCCAUAUGUAUAAUAAAUAAUAAUAAUUUAAGUCUGAUAACGAUACUGAUAUUAAUAUAAUGGAAAUUGUGUUUAAUAUUAUUUAAGUCAUUAUGUUGACUUGUAUAUGUGUUGAUGUUGCCUUCAUUUAUUAAAAACUAGCUAUGACGAUAUUCCAUAUUUUUUUUUUUAAAUAUUGAGAACUGAUAGAAAGGUGAAAUUUUGAGAUUGAAUAUAAAUCAACACCAGCAAUAUAUACUGCGAUAACAAAUCAAAAUGUACCUACAUUACUUAAGAGGCUUAUGGGUGUAUUUAACCGGGCAACAUAGUGGCAAGUCUGGGGCGUUCAUAAGAUUGUAGAUCAGGGUAUGCACUAGUAAACAAUGUAAUCAAGCUGGGCGAAAAUGUUUAUUGGAUAAACAUUAAUAAAUCAAUUGUUAGGGUAUGCAGUGCUUUAAUGCAUGUAUGAAGUGCACGCCACCGCGGCAAGUAUAGUUAGAUUAAUAUAAACAACAAGCAAAAACUCUCGUUAAUAAUAAUAAUAGUUGGUGUAAUAUAAAUCGUGUGAUUUCAAAAAGUAUAUUUACUAGAGAUGCGCCGACUAUGACUUUUGCCGAUUAGCCGACUAGCCGAUUAGUCGGUUGCAAAGAUGCCGACUAGUCGGCCGAUUAGUCGGCAAUACCGAUCAUGGGUCGAUAUUCUUCCUUUGAUGGACUUUUGCUUGCUGAUAUAGCUUAGUAAAAUUAAUUUUUUUAAGCAAGUGACAUGAAAAAUAUUUUUUUGUACAAAUAAUACUGUUCUUGUUCAAAAUAAUAAGCCGACUAGUCGGCGCUUUUUGCCGACUAAUCGGCUUUACCGACUAGUCGGCGACUUUACCGAUUAAUCGGCUUUACCGACUAGUCGGCUACUAGUCGGCGUAUCACUAAUAUUUACUUCGUUAUUUUUGCAUAUUUUUUUAACACAUAUAUAAAAACCUCAUUUUAAGACAUUUGACACAAAAAAAAACGAUUUUACCAAAAUUCAAGUUAGCGUUGUAUAAUUUGCUGGUGUCGAAAUCUAAUGUAAAAGAAGUGUAGAAUAAUUAGUCAAAUAAAAGAAAAAUAAAGUAUUAGAACUAUCACUAAAGAACUGCAAGAACACCUACCAUUUGUAAAUCUAGCUAGACCAAGCAGAUACUCAUUGUACAACACAAAAUUUCAUCAAUAUCAGUCCAGCCGUUCUGGACUUGUGGUAAUAAUUUAACUUUAGAGAUUUUGUGUCAGUAUGUACCUACUGAUCGGAUUAGGAUAGGAUUUUUGUUAUAAAAAUGCAUUUUUUCAAGGAAAGUUUUAAUAUUAUUCAAACGCGGUUUUUGUUUCCUUGAAAAUGUUCUAUAGAUUGUAGUUGGUUAAUUGGGUUGUUCUUUAUUUGCAGGUUAGUUUACUUAGUUAAAUGUAAAAACAAAAUUUAUAUAACAUAGUGUAUUUUUUUACUAAUUAGAAAUUUAUAAUCUCCUUAUAUGUUAUAAUUAAUAUAUCUUAUGAUACUAACAAUGUUUUUAAUUAGAACUAUCGGACGCAAUCAGUUUUUCAGAAAUCCGGAAGCAUGUAUUUUUUAGGGACAAAAGUAUCCUAUAUAUUGCUCCACAACCGCCUCUAUAUUCUAGUGAAACUCCCGUUAAAAUCGGUUCAGCCAUUUCAAAGAUUAAUCUGGACAAACAGAUAGAGACAGACAAAAAAUUUCAAAAAGCUUGUUUAUUAUUGUUUGUAAAUAACUAUAAGUAUUUGGGAAAACACAGACAGACAGUUCAAUUUUAUUUAUAUGUAUUGAUUAAACGGUUAUACAUAAAAUAUUUUUUGUUAUACAUUUAUACUUAUGUUAUAUUUCAUUGAUAGAAAAAAAUAAUAAUGUUAAAAAUAAGACUAAAUUUAAAUCCAAUUGUUUUUUUAUUCAAGCCAUGCUUUACAUAUUGCUGUAUGUCAAAUUCGUAAAAACACCUUGCUCUCCUAACUGCUAUAACUGCUGUAACUGUUAUAACUAACUGUUAUAUUGCUUGUUAAACCGUUAUAGAGCAUAAUUGUAACUAACAGUUAGAGCCGAUUGGUUAUUUGACAGUUGUAACUAUAAAAUACUAGCGGACGCCCGAGAUUUCGUCCGCGUGAAACUCUAUGAAAACUUUCAACUACCCCUACCCUACCCCUACAAUAUUGAUUUGUAGUACAUGCUAUGUAUCAGAGAUGGCGCUGUAUGUGAAAAAAGAUUUUCCCGCUUUUCUGUUGAUUUUUUUCCUGAAUUUUCUUUGCUAUAAACCUCACGGACCCGAGACCUUUCCAACGAAUGCAAAACCGUGGAAAUCGGUUCGUGCGUUUUGGAGUUAUAGCGUCAGGAAGGAAAACCCGACUUAUUUUUAUAUAGUAGAUGAAAUCUCUGUAUUAUGGUCUAAGAACCGGCAUUAGAAAUAUAUACCCUUAUCUGUUAUGAGAGAGCUAUAGAAUAAAUGAUAGAUAAUGUUUGGAAAUAGGUUGCCUAGUUAAGCUCCUGUCAAACAAAUUUUUUAUACAAAAUCUAGGAAACCAUAAACUGGAUCAAAGGCUAAUACAGUUAAAUUUAGCUUAAAAUAAGCUUUCAUUUGACAUUAUAUUAGACUAAAUUACUGAUGAUAGUAUAAAUAAAAUUACUUAACUGUUUAUAUCUGGCAACACCACAGUUGUAGUGUGAAAGCAACCUUACUUUUCAAUUAUUUUGGGUAUUCUAUUAACUAGUAGUGUACGAUUUGUUUUAAAUUACCGAUGAGGGAAGGAGAUUAAUAAAUUUAAAAUAUCAUUAUACAUUUAAUACUAUUCGGUCGCAAUUUAAUUAGGCAACCCAUGUGCACUGUGUAAACGUGAAUAUUUUCUAUCAUUUAUCUUAUCCAAAUUAAUCCAUUUUAUCCAUUAACAGAUGAGGGUAUAUAAUUCCUAUGCCGUAUCUCAUACUAUGAUAGCAUAUAGGUAAAGAAUAAUGCAAUUUUUUUCUAUUGUAUUUUAUUUUUUGCAAAAUAAAUUUGCGAUUUUUAUCUAUGCCGUAAAAAUAAUAAUUUUCUUUAACUUUUCUAAAACUAUCAAAACACAAAUGUGGAAAGUUUCAAGAGAUUUUUUGUAUUUUUUCUAUAUGAUUGUGUUUCCAUUUUUAAUAACAUAUCAAUGGUUUUCGCUCGAAUUUCAAUUUAAUUGUUUGAAAAGAGGUGGAUUUAAGAGAUUUAUUUUGUACCUACAGCCAACGUAAAUUAUAAAAUAUUUUUCCGAACACUGUCAAGUAGCUAAUUAUAACUUAAUUACCGCUUCUAUUAUAGGAAUACAUUUUCUAUAUAAGAAGCGCGAUUUCGUAAUGUAAGCGAUUUGUAUGUUACGCUUACAAAUUAAAGUAUAGUUUUUAACCGACUUCAAAAAAAGGAGGAGAUUUCUCAAUUCGACCAUAUAUAUUUUAUUUGAUAUAAUCAGUCAAUCUGGUACUGUGGAUUUUUGUAACAAUAAAAGAUUUAGAAGGUUAUACUUUUUAUGAAAUCAUUUCUUUAUUGUGUACCUACAUGAUAUUAUCCUUAUUUGUGGUUAUUCGUAAAGCAAAAAAAAAAAAUACUAAUGCAACUAGUAAACAGUAAAAUAUUUAUGUUUAACGAUUUGAAUCAGGCUGAAUUAAAUUUGAUUAAGUAAUAUUGACUGGCACUUGGACUUAAAAUGCCAUAUGUAAGUAUGUAUGUAUGUAUAUAAAAAAAGUGAAAGACUAACCUGUUUUUUGACUUUUUUAACUGUUAUUACCAAUAACAUUUCCUAUUUAAAAGUACUCGAAAAGUCACAACUCAUAUAAUUUGUUUUUAAGCUACUAGACGCUUACGAAAAAGUAUGUUUUUUAUUAUGUAAUUAUUGUAAAUUGAAAUAUACCUAAUUGUAACAUUU